AUGUUUGACGGAAAAGAUUACCAGCUUUUUGAUGAAACUCUUGAAUGUAUUCGAAAGUUUAAUCUUCAGAUAUCCGAUUCUGAUGAUGAGUACGACAUGGACGGAGAUGAUGUCCAUGCCAAGGUCGAGGACACUUUUCGGCGAGUUAAAAUUGACGAAGUUGUUGCAAAAAUUAUGGGCGUUUUGAGUUCAAGAAAAACUCAUUCGCCCGAGGAUUUCCAAGAUGCAGUGAAAUACUUCUCCUUCGUGGUUGAUUUCUACCACGAUUAUGCUCCGACAAUGAAGGACAUCGACAACUUUGCUAUGAUGCUCGUCAAAAAGUACGACUUCAACGUGACUGUACUGAAAGCGUGCUUUUUGGACUUCCUCGUCGACGGGAAAAAGGACGAGCAUGGUUUCCCCAUGAUCGCAGAUAAUGUGGAGACGAAUUCAAUUUGUUCACUUUUGGACUCUGUUUACAAGCUGAUGGACUGUAUGAAUGAAAAGUUCACAAUCAAUUUGGUUGAAACUGACAUUCUCGACUCAUUAAUGAAAGUCAUGGCUCUUCCAAGAACGGACCCGAAAAAUAUCGACCAAGACCCUCCGAUUCUAAAGUUUCUCGGCUCAACUUUGGGAAUUAUUUACAUGGCCAUAAACUGCUCUUGGGAGCGAUCGCAGAAAAUACUCUCCGAUCAAGUCUUUCAGUUCGCAGUUUGGAAGAUGAUGGAUUACAAGAAUGAAUGCCGCAAGGGACGAGGCUAA